AUGAUGACCAACAAACCUUGUAAUGCGAACGACGAAGACCUUGUAGACGGGAUGGUUGGAGUUGGAAAGCCACUCACUCACCCUACAUCGAUGUCGUACUGUCUUCAGCGGAUUAGAUUGGGUGAAUUUUGCCGCGAAAUCACAGAUUGUGCUCCAUUUGGAAUAUCUGAUCCAGGAAGCCCGGACUAUGAGCACACGAAACAGAUGGACGCCAAGAUCUGUGAAUUCUCUGAGAGUCUACCCUCGUUCUUUUCGUUGGAAUAUAGGUCGGACGAGCUGCCAGAAUCUGACCCUUCGAAGUCUCCCGGAAUAAUUAUCCAGCGAUAUAUCCUCAAUUUUCUGCUUCAUUCCCAAAGGUGCAGGCUUCACCUGCCUUACUUGUCGCGAGCGUCAAAUGAUGCUGCGUAUGAUUACUCACGAAAAGCGUGCCUGGAAGGAGCUCGAAUGGUGAUCCGAACCGAACGCCAACUGUCGCUAGAGAAGAUCCCCUUCUUGUCAGCGCGACUGAGAUUCUCAGGUUUAUUACAUUGCGUCUGUGUGGCGAUCAUUGUUCUCCUCAUAGACUAUUGUGGGAGUGGGCCUCCGCGGGAAAAGGACCUAACGGAGAUUGUGCAAGCAUUUUCAAUCCUAGAAACGGCUAAAGAGGAAUCCCCUUUAGCAGGAAGGUUGCUUGAAACCUUAAAGACGGCUCUUCGCCGACACAGUGCUUCGGGCUCAGCUAUUGAAGAAACUAUAACAACGCAAUCCACCUCUCAAGACCCCAAGGCUUCGGGUCUUGCCCGCAGCUCUACGACACCUACACGCAUGUUAUAUCCGGCAGACGGGAACAUCGAUGACUUCAUGAUGGAUCCCACAUUGCCUACUUUCGAUGACCUCUGGCAGGUAUUCGGUGACAAUGUGGACUCGGGAACAGUGGACUGGGAGAGCCUUUUUGCUGAAUCGGAUACUGCGUUCUUGUCUAUGUAG